AUGGGAGAAUCCGCUCAACAGAUGCGAUAUGUCGACAUUGGAAUAAAUCUAGGUGACCCGGUUUUCAGGGGUGAAUACCACGGCAGAAAAGUCCACGACGAUGAUUUACAGGAUGUCAUUGAGCGGGCAGUCAAUGCCGGCUGCAAAAAGUUCAUGGUGACAGGCUCGGAUCUUCGUGAGUCGCAACAUGCAAUCCAGCUGGCAAAAGAUCACCCUGGCCUCUGCUAUGCCACGGUCGGUGUGCAUCCUUGCCAAGCAAAACUCUUCGAUUCAUACCCCGAAGGACCGGACAGCUAUCUGGCAGCGAUUAAAGCCCUGGCACUGGAGGCGAAAGAUGCCGGUCAUGCUGUUGCUUUUGGAGAGAUUGGACUCGACUACGAUCGCCUAUUCCUCUCACCCAAGGACCAGCAACUGAAAUACUUUGAAGCACAGCUAGACGUUGCUGUGGAAAUUCAGCUACCGCUGUUUCUCCAUUCUCGCGCCGCUAGCGAAGAUUUCGAGCGGCUGGUGGCGUCGCGACUCGCCAAGCUGCCGAAAGGAGGGCUGGUGCAUAGUUUUACGGGAACGGUAGAAGAAAUGCAGCGGCUAGUUGCACUGGGGUUGAACAUUGGCGUCAAUGGGUGCAGUCUGAAAACGGAGGAGAACCUGGAGGUUGUGAAGGCGAUGCCGCUGAAUAGAAUACAGAUCGAAACGGAUGGUCCUUGGUGUGAGAUUCGACCGUCUCAUGCGUCGUUUAAAUAUGUCCAAGACGCACCGGCGUUGCCGAAGGCGUUUAAGAAGGAGCGGUGGCAGAAAGGGAGCAUGGUCAAAGGAAGGAACGAACCUGUGGCGAUAUCGCAUGUGGCGCAGGUGAUUGCCCGAGUCAAAGGGAUUUCGGUUGAGGAAGUCUGUGAGGCGGCGUGGAAUAACUCCAUCCGGAUGUUUGGCUUGGGAGAAGAGCGGCUGUCCUAG